AUGCACAACAUCAUUCUUGGAAUCUUGAGGUAUCACGGACAGGCCUUGAUGGGGCUGAAAAUUGACAAGAAAGCAAUGGCAAUUGAUUAUGAUGAUGAUUCAGAAUCUGAAGAUGAAGACAAAUUAGAUAUGAAUGAUAUACAAGAGGAGUUGGAUGCGGAACUGGAAGAGCUGAAGAUCAGACCUGACAUCGACUUGAAUCUUGAAGAUUACCACCACCAUUUGAAUCAUACUGCCUCAAAUGGUGGGACCCAGACCAAGAAAGGCUCUGACAACCACGAGCAUUAUGAUAGUGACAAAGAAAACGACUUGGACUACUGUGCAACAGGACUCCAGCAUGAAAAGGAUCGUUCAAGCAGCUUGUCCUCCAAACGAAUAGAAGAUUUGCCUCUUCUGUUCACUGAUAAACAUAUGUUCAAGUUGUUAUUGACUGUCAUUGGUGAAAUAAAUCUCCUGACUUGGAUUGGACAAGUACCAAGGACAGUGGGGCAAGCUUGUGGAGGAAAAUUGAAGGCUGAUGAGUGGGCUAAUUUGUUUACACUCAUCUUGAUCCCAGUUCUGGGGAAAGUCUACACUGAAGCAACCAAUAACACUAAGACUUGUCUGCUUCACAACUUUUUCCAUCUUCCCUGUAACAAAUCAACAACAUGUGAACUCUUUGAAGAUGCAUAUUCAGUAGUACCGAGCAAAUCUGCACCAGCUUUUUCCUCAAAUGCAUCCAAGACCCAAUCAUCACAUGGCUUUGCACAUCCCAGAGGCAAUGGCGCACUUUGGACCCGCUUCAGUGUGGACAAUGUGGGGGCUUUGGAUCUCACACUACUAAGACGCUUUGUGAUUUCUGCUAAUCUGAAAAGUCAACUCCCCAAAUUUAGUGAAAAGCUUCCUGAACCUCUGAAAACUUCUAUCUUCGAUUUCUUGGGGCCUACAAAUGCUAAUGGCUCCCAUCAUGAUUGUUCCAAUAACCCUAAGUGGCCACCGGCUAGUCAGAAACUUGUACACUUAGGUCAGCGGGUUUGUGCAAAGCUUAUAUCAAGACUACAGAAGGUUGAAAAACUCUCAAUUCACAUUGGGAACUCUGGUGUGCAAGCCGACAAAGUUGUUACACCACCUUUGGUGUUGCCAAUGAAUUCUUUCAAAUAUCAAGGAAGAGACUAUUCAGUAAGCACUCAUAGUGUAGGCAAUGGUACUAUCAAGUAUUGUGUCUUACAAGCCAACAGUGCCUGUAGAAAAUCCUAUGGCUCUAUCCGUCAGAUAUUCACCAUAGCAUACGGAGAACGCUCUUCUCGGGUACAAGAAACAUGGCUUGAAGUUCAACCGUUCAGAGAGCUGACAGAUUUGGAUAAACCUCCCAACCCCUACGCAGGAUGGCCAAAUAUCAAAACCAAAUUAGCAUAUAUGCACAAAGCUGGUGACACAGAUUGUGCUUCAAGGGAUUCUGCUAGCUGGCACAUCAUAAAAUGCUCCAAAAUAAUUAGUCACAGCUCUCUCUAUGUAGCACCUGGGGGUUCAAUCAGUAUACAACAGGCAGCUGCCAUCCUCACCGAACUUGUGAAUCACACAAGGUACUCAUUCCCAAAAAUUUGA